AUGGCCGUCCCACUAGGUGUUUUCGCUUUCUCCGCAGCAGCCAGUACCGAGCCCCUAGACAACGUUCCAUCCUUCUGGAAAAAACCCAAAGCAUUAAAGCUCAAACGAGCCUUGUCGACCCAAAGACGAAGUUCCCACGAGUCUAACGCUGGCUCUCUUUUCCGUUCUUACCGCUGGACCCAUUCGGCCAAGCAGCCUAGCGAAUCUGAUUCGUCGUCUCCUGCGGGAAGUUGCGCUUCGUCGCAUCAAUCGCGUUCGAAGCACGUUCCCAUUGUCGUGCCGGACUAUGAUCUUUCCGUAGCACCUCAAAGCCCUUGUACUUCUGUUGGACUCAGCUCUUCUCGUUCUUCGACCAUCGAUUCCAGUCGCCACCCCAGCCUCUCCGGUUUUCCAUCGCCGAAUCGAGGUUCAAUUGGCGAUACCUCGAGCCUGAGGUCUCGGCAUGUCGAGAUCGUGAUACCAGAUUGGGUCUUACCUACGCACCGAUAUUCGACAUCACCAGUCAAGCUCCCCUUCGAUUCUGGCAGAGUCAAGACCCCUGUUCUUUCUUAUCGGCCUCGGAGUCCGAUUAGGAUGGCUCGACAGACGCCCAACACAAGCCGAACCAACACCAUCGAUUCACAAACGUCGGCGCCUUCACCAUCGCAACUGUACCCUGGUGGGCUUCGAAGCGGUAGUGGAAACUACAAUUCAAGUGUCAAUAGUAGCCAGACUAGCUUGCAUCAACAAGAUGGUCAGGAUGCCGGAUCAGAACGGCCGCCGACAUCUUCUGCACGCACACCAGGGUUGGGCAUGACUCCUUCACCAGCCAUGGCACAGACAGCAGGACUCGCGACACCCACGAGUUCGACGUCGGGACUCUCUGGACUAGUAUGUAAUGUGCACCGCACUACUGGCCGUGAGCCACAUCCCUUGGUGGGCGCAACCACCACGAUCCUGGGCGACAAGCUGUACGUUUUUGGUGGAAGGAGACUAUCGCGGACAAGACCUCAGCUCACUUCGGAUUUGUAUGAACUGGACCUUGUCAAGCGUCACUGGACGAAGAUCGAAACCAAAGGAGACAUACCACCCCCACGAUAUUUCCACAGUUUAUGUGCACUCGGUGACACGAAGCUCGUCUGCUAUGGCGGUAUGUCGCCAGCAACGUCGCCUGCAAACCAAUCAACCCAAGUACUGCAGGGGACCCCAGCAGAUGCGCAACCUGAGGUAGUGGUGAUGUCUGACGUCCAUAUAUACGAUGUAGCUACACGGACAUGGAGGCACGUUGGAACCAACGACGCACCGCAGGGCCGAUACGCUCACUGCGCAACAAUAUUGCCAUCGUCCGCUGUCUUCAGUGCGACUGGUGCUGCCAUGACAGCCAUAAGACACAAUCCCUCGUCGCUCAACCCCAACCAAGGGUCGAUAGGUAUUAACCUCGAAGGCGAUGGUGGCGCUGAGAUGGUCGUCGUUGGUGGGCAAGAUAGCGCAAACCACUACAUCGAGCAGAUCAGCGUUUUCAAUUUGAGAAGUUUGAAGUGGACAACCACAAGCACAUUAGGGAGAAGUUGCGGUGCAUACCGUAGUGUUGUGGCACCUUUGACGAGCAUGCCAGCCAACGAAAUAGGUGCAGGAGCACGUGGAGAGCCUAGAACAACAGACGAGCAAGCAGCGAACCCCACCGGCGAAUCAUCAAUGCUCAUAUACUCAAAUUACAACUUUCUCGACGUCAAGCUCGAGCUGCAAGUAAGACAUCCUGACGGAACACUGUCAGAGAAGCCCAUGAAUGGCAACUUUUCACCGCCUGGGCUGCGCUUUCCCAAUGGUGGAGUGAUCAAUAAUCACUUUGUUGUCAGUGGAACGUUUUUGACAUCUUCGAAACAAGAAUAUGCUUUAUGGGCACUAGACUUGCGGACACUCAGUUGGGGGCGAAUUGAAGCUGGUGGCAACAUCUUCAGUCAAGGAAGUUGGAACAGAGGUGUACUAUGGACACGCCGAAACAGCUUUGUCAUCCUGGGAAACCGCAAGCGAAGUCUCGUCGAAGACUACAACCACCGACGGAUAAACUUCUCAAACAUGUGUGUUGUUGAACUUGAGGCGUUUGGACUGUACGACAACCCUCGUAAAGUAACACCAAGUUCAGCAUUUCCAUCUGUCAGCGCACCGCCGCAAAACGAUCGGCUCGACUUAGCAGGUGGAAGAGCGCUAUCGUCAUCAGCUAUCGAACUUGGCCAGAUCGCUUUGGGCAUGCGCGAACUAGCGGAUAUGGACUUCCUCGCUAUCCACGGUGAACGCAUACCCGUUAACUCGCGCCUCAUCGCGCGUCGCUGGGGUCCCUACUUCAACCAACUCCUUCGCGAGAGCACACACAACGCCGAGAAAGACAACGCCGACGCCGCCACCCUGCGUCCAGCGACUGGUGGUCACCCUUCUCGCAUGUCUAGCAUAACCAUUACGCCAUCGAUCCGCACCACCUACUCCGCCGCCACGACCCUCACAGCGAACACCACAACACCCUCUGAACUAACCGCCGUAUCGAGUACAUCAUACAACUCUCUCUCGCCACCAGACCCAACGACCCAACCGCCUUCCCAACGUCCCCGCACAUUAUACCUGCCACACACGCACCUCACCCUUCAAGCCCUGAUCCACUAUCUCUACACAUCCUCUCUUCCACCACAAAGUUCCCAGCUCUGCACACCGCAGAUCUUGUGCUCGCUUCUGCAGCUCGCACGACCUUACCACAUCGAUGGGCUGCUAGAAGCCAUCAUCGAGCGUUUGCAUGUCCUGCUUGACAACAGAAACACUGCAGCCGUCUUCAAUGCAGCAGCCAUGGCUGCAGGCGGAGGUAGCGGUGUGGCAUUCAUGGGCGUCAACAAUCUCUCCAGCACCAACGGAACCAACGGUCUCUCGUCCCUCAAUGCAACUGACGAACCGGAGAGCAGCAUGGCCGCCGGUCUGCGCGCGUUGAGGAUAGAUACCGCUGUUCCCCCGUCAGAGGAUGAGGUUAGCUCUGCCGUGUCGGAGGGUACCAGUGCGAGUGCAAGCGAUUCUGGAGAGUACGGGAGCAGGACCAUCGAGGACCGGGAGGUUUGGAAUGGGGUUGUGAGUGCGGUUGUCGGGUUGCAGAAGAGGGGGUUAAGGGGACUGAUGGAGGGUCGGAGGAUUAGGGAAAUGGGGAGAAGUGGACGAGAGAGGAGGGAUGUAAGUGAAGGUGGCAUUAAUGGGGAUGGUGUGGGUUUGGGUUUGACUUGA